AUGUACGAUACCCGUGCGACGACCCGCUACAAGACCACCGAAAGUCGGGAUGCAAAAGUGAAUAAAAAAGUGGAAAUAAACAAAUUCCACAAAUGGGCAAAAUUGCCGGUGGAGGUGAAGAAAUUGGUCUUCGAAAAACUGGAGAAUCGAGAUAGAUGCAAGGUGCGUCUAACUGCUCGAACUGAAAAGACACUGGUCGACAUGAUCCCAAUGAAACUGGACAUAAUUAAAUUUUAUUACGAUCGGCAGGCCAAUAAGUGGUUUUUGAAUACAGCGAUAGAACGAUUGGAAGGACAGCAAAAGGCACCACGUAGACAAGAAGCCAACACUGCUGCACAUCAAUUUGUGAAUUUUUUCAAACACCGUGGUUUCACUCUCUGCUUAGCAAAAUUCGACAUGUUCGGAUUCUACGAAAACAGUUGGGAAGCAUUCGUUUAUCUGGUGGAGUACGCCAAACAGCAAAGAAUGAAGUUCCGAGUGACAAACUUAUCAAUCAGGACUAAUGAUGACUGUCCAAUUGAGAAAAUGGUUGAGUUCGUUGAGAUGUUUGAUGAAGAUGUUCUUGAGCAGUUCGAGUUCUUUUGUCACAAGCCCCACGUGCAGAAAGCGUUUGUGAACACUCCGCAAUGGAAAAAGUGUCUUAAGCUGAAAUUGGAUAUGAGUCGUUAUGGUGUUCGCUUCAAUGAGGACGACAUUCCGGACAUAAGGUACAACCAUGCUCUUCAUUGCAACAAUUUGGCGGUUUAUGUCGAUGGAAUGAGUGUCAAGGUGUUGCAGAGAAUUAUUAAGAGAUUCCAAUCGAAAACGCUCCCCGUUGGGCAAUGCCUAUAUAUUCACUUCCGCAACUACUACCCCAUCAAAAAGCAUCUGAAGGUCUUGUACAACUAUCGUGCCCCAAAAGACACGCAUUGGAUGACAUUCAAAUUCACCCACCGCUACCCAAUGGAAGCAACCGAGGAACAAGAGUUAGUCUUGGAGUUCGGCGAAUUUUCAAUCAAAGGCAUUGUGGAGAAGAAAAAACCAAUAGUUAUGUAA